AUGAGUUUUAAGUCUUGUGAAAAAUUUCAAUCUUCAUAAAGUUUAUGUUAUCAUGGAACCUUUUUGGUAUAUCGUAACGGUACUAUCGAUAUUGGAAUAUCGUUUGAGCAAUGGACAAUCUACGGAGCCCGACUUCAAUCUCACUACAAUGGUACCACAAAUGGACCAAGCCCCUUGCUUCCCGCAGAGACCUGGUGAUGUAGACUUCCAGACUGUAGACUUAAUUGCGGUGUACCAUCUGGAUUGGCCUAACGUAGCUGGCGUGAAAAUGGUGCAAGGGUCUCAGGACUUGCAGCGGGCUUAUCGAAUUGGUGAUGGAGCGAAUUUAACGUUACCAUUGAAACAGGUAUUCCCACAUGGAUUACCAGACUACUUUAGCGUGGUGGGCACUUUUAAUGCGAGAGGUCAACGACGGCCGUGGAGUAUAAUCAGAGCGAAGUCUGAAGAUCUGGAGUUCUCCCUUACAUUCUUACCUACCGCGAAGAAAGUCAUAGUGUAUGUGCAAGGUUCACGAACUUCCUUCAAGAGCAAGGUGUUGUUUUCACCAGGAUGGCAUAAAAUUCAUAUGGCAGUUACCAAUAAGACGAUCAAUUUAGCAGUGGACUGUGUGCAGCAAAAACCUGAGAACGUAACCAGACACGACUUCAGUAAUGCCACAGCGGUAACAAUCGUGUCUAACGAUGAUGGAACACCAGCUCAUAUAGACUUACAGUGGCUUUCACUCAGUUGCAGCGAGUAUGUGUUGAGGAACGACAGCUGCGAAGAGAUUAGGCAGAUUCCAUCAGAGCCUUUAAUAGCUGCUACAUCGACACAGUCACCGUUAUUCGGUGUAGGAUCGGAGGGUGACGCUGCUCCACCCCCAGGGGAAGAAUGCUUGACCUGUCCCCCGGGUCCGAUCGGUCCCAGUGGUCCUGCAGGAGAUCAAGGGCCAAGAGGAUUCCCAGGAUUACCGGGCAUUAGAGGCGAGAAAGGCUCUAUUGGUCUGACUGGAGCACCAGGACUAAAAGGAGAUAAAGGAUCACCAGGAGAACCAGGAGGAUUUGUUAAUGAUACAUUAGGUUAUCAUAGUGGACUGUUUGGUCCUAAAGGUGAAACAGGACCUCAAGGACUGAAGGGCAAUAAGGGAGAACGAGGAGAAAAAGGCGAUCUAGGUCUUCCAGGUUUGUCUGGGAUAAGUGGACGUGAUGGCGUUCCAGGUGAGCGGGGCCCCGCAGGUCCUCCAGGUGAACAGGGGCCCCGGGGCCCGCCAGGACCGAUACCUAGCUUCAACUCCUCCUUCGUUCAAGGAAUAAAAGGGGAGAGAGGUGCUCCAGGUAAACCAGGGCGUGACGGUAGUCCAGGUGAAAGAGGUUUACCUGGCAAAGACGGACAAAUGGGUUUACCAGGUCUUCAAGGUCCGCCAGCAUUGAACGGUAUGCCAGGAGAGAGAGGGCCUCAAGGACUUCCUGGACCACAAGGCGAAAGGGGUCCGGAAGGGCCACAGGGUCCCGUGGGCCCCAUAGGUCCACAGGGCCCCGCAGGACCACCUGGAGCCGCUACUGUAGUACCAAGCGUUAGUGUUCCUGGACCACCUGGCCCGAAAGGAGAGAGGGGAGAACCUGGUCCAGCGGGUUUCCCUGGUAUGCCGGGUAAAGAUGGCUUAGAUGGACUCCCUGGGAUCCCAGGGCUUACAGGACCUCCAGGUUUGCCAGCUCCACAUUCUCCCGCUAUUCAGAUGCCAUCGAUAUCCGAAAAUGAGAUACGAAAUAUUUGCGAGGAUCUUGUCAGAGAGCGCUUAAGCAAAUUUGCUGCAAGUUUGGUCAGUUCUCCAACAAUAACAGUAAAUAGAAGAGGUCCACCUGGAAAAGCUGGACCACCUGGACCACCAGGGAGAGCAGGUGAUCCUGGAGAACAAGGCCCUCGAGGAUAUCCAGGGGAAUCCGGAGAACCUGGAAUAACCGGUAGUCCUGGAUCGAGAGGAGAAAAAGGAGAUAAAGGAGAACGAGGUCCAGAAGGCAUCGGCUUACCAGGUCCUGAAGGAAUAAGAGGAAUUCAAGGACCAAUAGGCCCGCCAGGCCCUGAAGGAAGAUCUGGCGAACGAGGAGAUCUAGGACGAGAAGGUCCAAUAGGCCCGAGAGGAGUUCCAGGUCUUAGAGGUACAUGUGAUUGUCCACCUGCUGCUUUUUACGCUUAUUCACCGACGGGAAAUCAGAAAGGGCCGUGA